AUGUUUAAGCGCCGAGGACGACCUACCCAGAGCGAAAAAGACAUAGCUAACCAUUCAAAUGAAUGGAAUAUACCCCUUCCCCCAGAUCUAAUGUAUCACAUCAUUGACACCUACCUCGACACAUCCACGAUAAUAGCUUUGUGUGCCGCGAUCCCAGUUCUUCGGCCUUACUGCCAUCCACGACCAUACCGACACAUGGCUGUCCACAUUCACAAAGAUUAUUUACCUCCUCACGCGCACGAAGUUUACAUCGAACUAUCCGAAUCCCCUCUUACCCUCUACCAGGAGGACAAGUCUAUACUCCUUUCGACUCAGCUGCAUGACUUAGGCUAUGCUAGCACAGAAAAAGUGCGGGGCAUCCUGUCCCUGGUCAGACAUCUAACGCAUCAUUUAACGUCAAUCUAUCUGAAUAUCUCAGUAAGAUGGAAUGAGCUCGAUGAGUUCGUGAAAGUCUACAUCUUGGCUCUUCUGCAACGCAGCGGAUUACGCUCAGUCAAGCUGAAUAGCCGUCACAUUCCCGUAAACUUGCUGGGUGUGGUGCAAAAUCUCAAAACGCUCGAAGUGGAUAUGGAGUCUUUGUGGCAUCCCGACAAUAUUUCUUUGUCGGGACAAAGAGGAAAGGUGUACGUCGAAGAAGUCCGUCUCCGUGGCGGUCUCCAUUAUUGCCUCACCGGACCCGGGACACCGUUUAAUUGGUCCAGAUUGAGUGCGAUUGAGUAUACCAGAUGUCGAGGGGGUCUACAAGGGCUGCUUGAGUUGUGUUCCUCCUCUCUUCAAUCGCUAGAAUUUACCAUGUAUGGGGAAGAUGUUUAUAUCGACCAUGGCCUCGAUCUCGGCAUUCUUACCGGCCUCCGUCAUCUCACAUUAUCCAUCAGUCUUACCUAUUCUGUUGAACAGACAGUGUAUGACAAUCCCGGAACCUACUCCUCAAUUGAGCCGUUUAGGUGGGUUCCCUACAUAUUGGCGUCAUGCAACGGGAACAACACUGUGGAGAAAAUCGUUCUUAUAAUGAGUACGGUAGACCCUCAAGAUUUGAGACAGUGUGACUGGCUUUCCGUGGAUAAAAUCUUCGAGGGGGAGGGGACAUGGAUGUCGCUGAAGGAGGUGCUGGUCGUGAAUUGUAAGGACAAUGAAUGGCGCACCUAUCGGGAACUGGAAGCCGACCAGUUGGAGUAUAUUGAAGCUAGUCCGACGCCUUGUCUUCAAGCAAGGGAGGUAAUUAGUUGGCAAUCAGGAGCCUUCAAGUGGUUCCGUGGAUGCCAAGGGAAACAGGGGUCGAAAUGA